AUGGACUGGAAGUACCUGCUUUCAUUGAAUCCGGAGGAUAUUCAGGACGACGCGAAGGAUGAGCUUCUGGCGACGAUCGCUUGGUACGAUUGCGACGAUGGUUUGGAUCGUGCGAAAGCCGUGGCUCUGCUGAAGAUAUCGCAGGAAAUUAUGAAGUUCAAGGCGGAACAGGUCGAAGCCCUAUUGGCCGAGCUCGAUGAGAUUGCGACGAAGCAGGGCGAGGAGGAGCUUCGCAAGGAUUCCGAUCACGAACGAAGCUCCAAAUCGAAACGAUCUUUAGACAUUGACGAUUUGGAAAUCAAAUAUAGAAGUGUUAAGGCGAAAUGCAAGAAGCUGCAGAGGAUAUCUGAAGAGGCGAGCGCUAAGUGCGAAAAGUUGGAGCGUAACGUCAAGAUCUUGGAGGAAGAGAGGGUACAUUUGCAGAACGAACUGCAAUACUCGCAGCGCGACGAGAGCGGCUCGGAUAUCUCUGAGGUUAUCAAGGAUCAGCACAAAGAUCUGAUCGAAAAUGUGCACCAGAAGAACGGGCAGAUUUCUCAGCUCCUGAUGGACAUCGAGACUGUUGAGGCUGAUAACUUGGUGCUUCGGACGAAACUUUCGGCGGUUCGCGAUGAGCUGUCGGACGCUACAGAAAACCUCGAAAAAGAAGUGGAAAAUGGAAGAAUCAAUGGAGUUAAACUCAAAGAUAUUAGGUUUGCAAUUUUUAUAUUAUUUACUGAAUACUUUUUAUUCUAUUAUUAUUUAGAGAGUUUGGAAUCGAUUGAUAAGGAGAACGAAAGCUUGAAACUGCAGGUGCAGGAUAUCGUCGAGGAUAGGAAAAUUCGCGAAGAAGAGUUCGAGAAGUUCACGCAGGAAAUCGACAAGAGAAUUGUUAAUUGGAAGAAUAUAAUUGAUGAGAAGAAUGCGGAAAUCGAGAUGCUGCGAAAGCUGAACCAACAGGAGAAGACGAAAGCUGUUUCGAGCGAUGAGAGCGUUGCCGAGGAUCGCGAUCAGAUUCAGGCGCUUAGCAAAGUUUUGGGGGAGAGGGAGAGGAAAAUCAAAGAUUUGCAAAACCAAUUGGAAACUGCAACGAAAGAGAUGCUGGAAACUACAGAAGCCAUCGAGAAUAUUGGCAAAGAACGGACGGGUCACGUGAGGAGUUUGGAGAAGAUGAACGCGUUUAAUAAAGAAUUGAAGAAGCAGCUGAAGACCACGCAUAACCGGUGCCAAGAGUUGCAGGAGGAGGUGAAAUAUCAAGAGAAUUUAGCGGAAAUGCGUGAUAUGGAUUUGAAAGAAUUCAUUGAUCAGCUGAAUAGUUCCGAGCUGAAGGCGAAUCUGCUGCUGGUGGAGGAGCUGAAAACGCAGAAGCGCUUCAAGGAGAGGCAAAUUUCCGAUCUGGUGCGCACGAACGAGAAGAUGCAGACGAACUUGGAUAAUCUGGAAAAGGAAAAUUCGGCGAUGCGCGAGAAAUUGGGUCUGAAGGAGGACGAUUUUAUAAGCACGAAGAGUUCGGCGCAGCGGAAAUUGAGGAAAGAUUAUGAGGAUUUGCAAAAGGAUAUUGGAGGUUUGGAAGAGGAGCGUAUCGAGAUGAGACUCGAGAUUCAAAAGUUGAGUAAAAUUAUUGGGGCGCUUUCUGAUCAAAUCUUGGAUUUGGGCGAAACGCCAAUCGUCGAGAAAAUUGUUGAUGAAUCUGAGGUGGAGGAAGUAGCCGUCGAGAAACCUAUACCAAAUCGAGUGGAAAUUGAUGAUGGUGUUAAGAAAGAGAAAUAUGUAGCCGUUGUUGAGGAAAACGAGGCUUUGAGGAAGGGAUUGCACGAGAUUUUGGAAAGCGUUCAAUCUGAAAAAGGUUUGUUUUUUCGAGAAAUAAAAUCCGAAACUUUGGAGAAGCUACUUUUGGCGCUGGACGUGAAGCACAUCACCGGAUGGUAUCAUCCAGCGAUGCGUCUGCAGGCUGAGCUUCAUAAUGCUCAAGGAAUCAAUGCUGAACUUAGGGAGCAGUUAAGGAUUAAAAGGGAGGAGCUGCAGAACUUUAGGGAGCAGCAGGAACAGAGCAGGAUAAAGUUCGAAGAAGCUUUGGCUCACACAAAAACUAGUCUAAAUAUAGAUGAGUCCACGAACAAUGCGGCGGUGAUCGAGCGAUUGAAUAAGAAUUUAUUGAGCGUUUUGGAAAAUUACGAGGUGGAGGAGGAUGCGGGCGCGGAGCUCGUGGAACGUUUGGAGAGGUAUAAAGUUGAUUUCGCAAUAAUUCAAGAGCAAGUGAGUUUGCUUUAUAAACAAUACACGGAGGAAAAGAAGCAGUGGAGCGACUCGUUGAAAGAUGGAGAUAAACUGAGGGAAGAUUACGAGUUGAUGCAGGAGAAACUGAAUAUGAUCGCAUUCCUGCAAGAUCCUCGAAACGAUGAUGAAGCACGCGCCAAGCGCACAGUGCAGAUGUCUUCCGAUUUGAUUACGUUGAAUCGGAAAUGCGUUUAUUGGGAGAACCAGGAGAAGGUUUACAAAUCGCAGAUUGAUGCUCUGAAAUUGGAAAUGCUUGAAUGCGAAAAGGCGACGUUGUGCAAAUUGAAUAAACUGCACGGAGAGAAUCGCUCGUUGUUGAGUCGCUUCGACGAUGAUAGUGAUUAUUCUACUGUCGAUACAACAGAACUGGUUAAGAUGCGAAACGAUCGCGAUAAUUUACUAGCAAAAGAACGGCAGCUGCUCUUUGCGCUCGACGAUAUCCGGAAAGUGAACGCUGAUGAAAUAAGAUUGCUGCAGGAAAAGGUGACGAAGUUGGAAAGCGAAAAGGACGAGAUGCAGCAGCGACAGCUUAAAAAAUUGUCUUCGGCUUACGGUAACGAGGAUUUGGGUCGCAGGUUGGCUCAGAGUGAGAUCAACGAAAUUGCCGAGAGGCAAAGAGCUGACCACACUAAUCAUUUAUUCGAGCUGGUCAAAGAGCAGCUGCAAAAGUCUGAGGACAGAUGCAGAGAGUACCAAAAGUACAAUAAUGAGAUCAUGCGUAAGAACUUGACGUUGCAGGAGAGUCUGAAUGAUGCUCAAAAUAAGGUGAUCGAUUCCAUCGAGUUGGAGGUGCACAAGGAGCUACAGCUUCGCUACAAACGGUUGUGUGAGGAGAAGGAGCAAUUGGAGCGUAUAAAGGUCGAGUUGGAGAAUGAGCUUACAGUCACCAAAAAAGAUUACGAAGCCAAAAAGACGUGGUCACAAAUAGGGCAGUACGAAUUGCUAGCGCUUAAGCAUCAAAUUGUUGAUUUACAAAGCGAAUGCGACGAUAAAUCGGUAAUUGCUAGGCUUUCAUCGGACGUUGUAUUAGCGAGAAUCGCUCAAACGGAAAUUAGUAAGAAACUGCAGGAUGGUUUAAAGAUGUUGGCGCAAGCUGAGGAUGACGCCGAACGGUGCAAGAAUUUGUUAAUUAUCGAACGAGAAAAGUUUGAAACGCAACGCAGAUCUUCGGAAAAAAAAUUGAGAAAUCUGGAAGCAAUUGUAUAUCAGCAACGUUCUUAUUACCAUGGACAUGUACCGCUGAUUUCCGAGCAGAAAUUCGCUGAAAACGUGAUGGAAAUGUACGGCAACAAAAAAAUAUCUCGAGAGAAUAUUUUCAAAACCGAAGAGCGACUCAACGAAUUGGAGACCAUCAAAGACGGUUUAAUGAUGAAGAACAGCAUCGUGGAUGAGUUGAAAUCUCUUUUGGAUUCUGGCAAAGAUGAGAAGGCUCAGGUAAUCGAGUCCUGGUACCAAGAUAAGAGCAAUUUGUUGAUUGAGGAGUUGAAAAUUAGGCGACGGUUGGAGUUCAAGGAGAUGCAACUGGGAAGAGUGUCGAAGCAGGUGGAGGAGCAGGAGGAACAAAUCGCGAAGCUGGAGUGCGAACUGCUGCAGUCGUUGUGCAUACGCGACAUCAACGAUACUAAGAAAGUUCCCAGGAAGUUGGAGACAGUCGAGACGACAGUCAUGGAAAUUGUUGACAAUUCGGUGGAGAGGUUCGAGAGUGCCACGCAAACAGUCGAUUUGAUCGAUAAGAAAUCCGAAGAGCUUAGUUCCAAAGAGGAAGCGUUGAAGCAUCUUAAAGUGAGGAUAGUCGAGCUGGAGUUGAGCCUCAGUUUGUGUCAGCAGCAAUUGACCGAUAAACAGAGUCAGAUCAGUUUCUACGAGAAGCAUAUAAUGGAUAUGCAGCAAAAGAAGGAAACAAGUAGCAGUGCUGAUCCAAAGAAGAAAAUCGAGGAAUUGAAAAUCGAACUGAAGAAGAAGGAUGAGGCAAUAAUUGAAUACCAAUCGUUGUUGAAGAAGGAUCGCGAUGAACAUAGUUUGGCUGCGGCAAGGUUCCAAGAGGAGCUGAAGCAAUUGCAGACUAAUCUGCUUUCAGUUCAACAUAGUAAAAAAACUGAAACAAAACCGGAAGUUGAGAUUCCUGGAAGGGCAGCUAUUGAACAGUACAUCAUCCAAGUACACGCAUUGGAAAAGCAUACUGCCGAGUUGCACACGAAUGUUACAUCGCUGAAGUCUCAAUUGCAGGCAAGUAGACAGGAGGCGGUGAGGUGGAGGAGCUUGGCAACUGAACGUUUAGAAGAAAUGGACAACUUGCGGAUUAAACUCGAAGAACAGCACCAGAGUGAAAUCCAGGCUUAUAAAGAGGAUACAGAAAAGUGGAGAGACGAAGUGAAGAAUAUGCAAGUUUUCCUUGGUAAGUACAGGAAAGAUAUAGCGAGUUUAAGGCCCGACAUCGAGAAGGAGUUGAAGGACAAGGAGAAUAAAAUACACGAAUUGAGUGUUACCAUUAGACAGUUAAGGCGAAUCAAGAAUAAACCUGAGGCGAGCAGCAGCGGUCGCGAUGAUAACUUCGAGGAUGUGAAAGAGAAUUUGGUGCGGGAACACGACGUGUUGAAGAAGCGCUUCGAGCAGCUGAUGCACAGAGAAAAGAGCGCCCGUGAAGAGAUCAGAAGUCUCAAAGGGCAAUUGAUGAAGAGACCUAUUUUAUCGGCGCGGAGCGACACGUCGAGCGCGAAGGAGCAUCAGCUGAAGAAGAUCGGCAUGCUGGAGAAGGAGGUGGAGGAGUUGAAGGAUAAGCUGGAAAGGGAGGCGGCUCUCAACGAGGCGCAUAAGGUCAAGGUGAACGAGGACUUUGAGAAGUGGAGCAAGCAGAAGUACUGGCAGCAGACCGCGGAGAAGUUGAAGGUGAAGCUGAAGGACAAGUCGGACGACUACGAUAAGCUGCAGCAGACGUGCUCCGGGUACAGGAUCCUUAUUGAGAGGCUUGAGAGGGACAAGCACAACGUGGAGAUGCGUCUGAAGAAUCUGAAGACAAACACUGCCAAUUUCAACGUCGUCCAAAACGAUGCUCUAGAAAUGGACAAUCAACGGCUGCAGUCUGAAAUCAGCGGGUUGAAGACGAAGCUGGAGAUGCAGCAACACCAUUCCGGCGCUCUCGGAGCGGCGAUGCUGCAGGAGAAGCUGGAAGCGCAGGAAAGGAAGAUAGCCAUCCUAGAGAUGUCAGCGAAGGGGGGAUGCGAAUUGCGCGCGGAGCUGGAGCGCUCGCAAACAACCAACUCCAACCUGCAGAAAGGCAAUCUGAGGCUGGAGGCGGACAAUUUGGAGCUGCGUCUGGACUUGGAGAAGUGCGGCAAGGAGUUGCCUCUACUGCGUGAGCAGAUUCUGCACCUGGAGAACUACGCGGGGGUUUUAAAGAGCGAGCAGCACCAGGUCACGAAUUCGGGGGAUCACGCGCCGGACUCGAGGCGGAUACCGGAAAUGGAGAGGACGAUAUUCCUGCUCAAGCGAAUUGUCGAAAAGUUGCAAGCCGAGAACAAGCGGCUCCUAGCGAUUUCUGAUUCUGCGGUGAAGAUGAGGCCAGAGGUUGGAGGAGGCGGCGACGCAGAUCAUCAGAGACGGCUCGAGGAUGAACUCAGACAUAAAGAUGAACUAUUGGCUCGUGUUAAAGUACUUCUGCAGAAAGCCGCCGCCAAAGAGAAGGACCUACUAGAGCAGGUGACUUCUCUGAAGUCUUUGAUCCCGCUCGAGGUCAAGGAAUCCUCAUCAUUGUAGACUCGAUACGAUUUUCUUCUAGUUCUUAUUUCUUAAGUGCAUAUAGCGAAUAAAUAUAGUGAAUAUAUCAAAUAUGCGGCAAGUU